GUCCCUGCGGAGCGGCGCGGCGCCCGGGUCCGUCCCGCAGGCAGCGGCCCCGGUCGGUAUCGACUCCCGGGCCGGGGUCCAGGCGGGGGAGUCGCCUCCAUGGUGCCUCCGGCGGUGCUGCUGCCCUGGGUGGUGCUGGCGCUGCUCGGGGCGGAGGGCGGCUGUGCCUCCGAGCAGGAAGAAAACCUGCUGGUCCUUACUGUUGCCACCAAGCAGACUGAGGGAUUCCAACGCUUUAGAAGAUCAGCCCAAUUCUUCAACUACAAAGUCCAGGUGCUGGGGCUGGAUGAGGAAUGGCAGGGUGGAGAUGACACGAAGCCAGCAGGAGGUGGGCAGAAGGUCCGUCUCUUGAAAUCAGCUUUGAAGCAGUAUGCGGAUAAGGAAGACUUGAUCAUCCUUUUCGUAGAAAGCUAUGAUGUACUCUUUGCUUCGGGCCCCACAGAACUGCUGAAGAAGUUCAAACAAGCCAAGAGCAAGGUGGUCUUCUCAGCAGAGAACUACAUCUAUCCUGACAGAAAGUUGGAAGCCAAGUACCCUCAGGUGCGAGACGGAAAGCGCUUCCUGGGUUCUGGAGGCUUCAUAGGUUAUGCUCCAAACCUGAAGAAGCUUGUGGAGGAGUGGAAAGGACAGGACGAUGACAGUGACCAGCUCUUCUAUACGAAUGUCUUCUUGGAUCCAGAAAAAAGAGAAAGUAUCAACAUCAGUCUAGACCAAAGAAGCCGGAUCUUCCAAAACCUAAAUGGAGCAUUAGAUGAGGUAGUUCUGAAGUUUGAAAACUCACGAGUGAGAGCAAGAAACUUGUUAUAUGACACUCUGCCUGUGGUGAUUCAUGGAAAUGGACCCACCAAGCUGCAGCUGAACUACCUGGGAAACUACAUUCCUCAGAUAUGGACAUUUGAGACAGGCUGCACUGUGUGUGAUGAAGGUCUGCGAAGCCUCACAGGGUUUAAGGAUGAGGCAUUGCCAAUGAUUCUGAUUGGCAUUUUCAUCGAGCAGCCCACCCCAUUCCUCUCCCAGUUUUUCUUGCGGCUUCGUAACCUUCAUUACCCAAAGCAACGAAUCCAGCUCUUCAUUCACAACCAUGAGCAACAUCACUUGAUGCAGGUGGACUCUUUUGUUAAAGAGCAUGGCAAAGAAUAUCUCGCCAUCAAAGUGAUUGGACCAGAUGAUGAGGUGGAGAAUGCUGAGGCGCGUAACUUGGGCAUGGAUUUGUGCAGAAAGGAUCCUGACUGUGACUAUUACUUUAGCCUGGACGCUGAGAUAGUUCUGAAGAACACAGAGACUCUAAGGCUCCUGAUCGAACAGAACAAGCUGGUGAUUGCCCCACUGGUAAGCCGUCAUGAGAAGUUGUGGUCAAAUUUCUGGGGAGCGCUGAGCCCUGAUGGAUACUAUGCCCGCUCAGAAGAUUAUGUGGAUGUUGUUCAAAGGCGGAGGGUCGGGCUUUGGAACGUUCCCUACAUCAGUAGCGUUUACAUGGUUAAAGCCAAGGCUCUGCGAUCGGAGCUUGACCAGGAAGAUCUCUUCCACAGUGGCAAGCUGGAUGCUGACAUGGCUUUCUGCCACAACGUUCGGAAUCAGGGAGUCUUUAUGUACCUGACAAAUCGGCAUCAGUUUGGACACAUACUGUCCCUGGAGAAUUAUCAGACGACUCACCUCCACAAUGACCUUUGGCAAAUAUUCAGCAAUCCUGAGGACUGGAGAGAAAAGUACAUCCAUGAAAACUACACAGCAGCUCUGAAAGGAAAAUUGGUAGAAAUGCCCUGCCCAGAUGUUUACUGGUUCCCUAUAUUCACUGACACUGCCUGUGAUGAGCUGGUGGAAGAAAUGGAACAUUAUGGCCAGUGGUCCACAGGUGACAACACGGACAGCAGAAUACAAGGAGGAUAUGAGAAUGUCCCAACUAUUGACAUACACAUGAACCAAAUUGGCUUUGAAAGAGAAUGGUAUAAGUUUCUUCUGGAGUAUAUUGCACCCAUCACAGAGAAACUGUACCCAGGAUAUUAUACCAAGACUCAGUUUGAGCUAGCCUUUGUAGUUCGCUACAAACCUGACGAGCAGCCCUCUUUAAUGCCCCAUCAUGAUGCUUCCACCUUUACCAUUAACAUUGCUUUGAACCGAGUUGGAAUAGACUAUGAGGGAGGAGGCUGCCGGUUCCUGCGCUACAACUGCUCCAUUCGAGCUCCACGGAAAGGGUGGACCCUUAUGCAUCCAGGACGCCUGACCCACUAUCAUGAAGGUCUUCCAACCACCAAAGGAACCCGUUAUAUUGCAGUGUCCUUUCUUGACCCCUAGAGCCAUGCUUCACAGGAAGGACCCUUCCCUGGCCCUGCUCACUGCUGACUUUGAGUGGAAACAGGGAAUGCUGCUGAGAGUUUCUAAGGCAUUGAUCAAAGCUAUUUGGAUAUUGAUUUUUAACAAUAUUUUAAGACUCCACUACUGGAAGAUCUCCCUCUCUGAUACUGCAGGUAAUAUCUAGGAAUAUUGCUGUAGAAUUUGGAAGGAGACUUGUGCCUUCAUUUUUGAUUCUACUCCUCAUCCACUGUUUCUUGGAAAUGUGAUUUACUUGAACCUUCACUGAUUGGUUGGCUUUACAAAAAUGCUUUCUUGGACUGGAAAUCCAGCUUUUUGGAGGCAAGUCACAAGCUCUCUCUCCAAGUAGCUGGAAACCCAUUUUCAUCCACAGCAUAUACAGGACUGGACGUUAGACAAUAAUUCCUGGAUACUAUUCCAAAUAUAAACCAAUCAGGGAGCUGACUCCAGGAGUCACAACAGUUAAAUGUCAUACCAGAUGAAAUUCAGUAAUAAGAGCCUGAAGAUCAUCUGAUUCCUUACCUCUUUACAGUCCUUGGAAGCAUACCACAAAGUUCAAAGCAGCAGCAGUGGCAAUACAGGUGCUUCCUGUUAGCUAAAGGAAGGUCCGCUAAUGAUAUUUUACCUCUGGGAUUAGAGUGAAGAGAUCAAAGAUAGCCUCCCUAUCUUCUGUUACUGCAGCUAAAAGGAGCAUGCAUACUCAGACAAAUUCAGACCUUGUUGGUAUGCGUAGAUAAAAUCUAAGAAGGCUGAGAACAACUACGUCACUCAGGAGGGCUUCACUGCUGAAUUGUCUCUGUUCUGUCCCAAGUUAAGAUUGUCAAAAGCUCUAAUCAAUCUCUGGAUAACAACCCAGAGGCCGCAGUGGUCUUUGGUGCCCUCAUUCCAGUUCUCAGAGAUUGUUUUGAUAAUUUUCUUUGCAUCUAAUUUGAAUGGGCUAUCAAAGAGCUGUUCUCUGGUACUUAAGAGGAAAUCAUUAUUCAGUGUUUUUAUUAUUUGAGAUUCCAAACCAAAACACUCCACUGGAGACACUUCUCUAGUGGGGUCAAGGCUGAUAGAAAUGAGUGGUUGGAAAGUGCUGAGAGAUUGUGGUGAACUGGUAGGUGUAAAAAUCUGUCUAGACUAGACCCAUGGUUAGAGAGGGAAGGGGGAGAAACCUUUUCUGCUGUUGCCUGUGAGAUAUCUGCUCUGCUUAUCAGACACUGUUAUGCUCUGGGUCUGCCAGACUGGUAUGUUUCACAAGCAGUAAAUUCACAUCAUGAUUGUCCUUAGGAAAGAAGAAAAUCUUCCUUUUAGUUCUCUGUGUAUUCAGCUUCUACUGUCUAAUUGUCAGGUGUAGAGCCCCUUCAUCUAGGAUGGGUCACAUUAACGCAGGCAGAAUAGCUUUAGACAUGUAAUUUCUGGCAGGGAACUUUAUACAAUUUGAAUGGACCUGAGGAAGGCGACAUAGACCUUUUUCCACUGCUUUCCAUGUGCUUUUUAGGUCUGUUUCAAGGCUACACACUCACGCGUGCCCAAGGGAGAAAAAUCCAGGCAUGGACAAUCAGUUUGAAAAGUAAAACAAUAAUAAACCUUGUUAGACAAAAUCCAGAACUGUCCGUUGCCAAAGGAAGGGACGUGAUAGGCCAAUCGUUGAGAAGAUGUCGAAAAGGUGUAUGUAUUUAUUCAGCAGUUUGGUUUUUUUUUUCACUUAUUUUGUUGUGUCUUUCCUCUGCUCAGUACGGUGAUUGGAAUUAAGUAGGAGUCUGUCACACGAGAUGUACAGUUUCAGCCAGGGGAACUCGCAUUAAACCCUUACCCCACCGUGA